GGGGGGGGGUGGCGCUGCUCGCUGACAGCACGCGCUCCGUGGGCUUUUAGCGAAAUUAAAGAGAGCGCGAGGGGGGAGAGGGGAGGGCGACAGGCGGGGGAGGGGGGGUGAUGGCGAGCUGAAGACACCGCUAGAGAAGAAGGGACGCGAGACCUCUCCGCCUCGCCUCGCCAUCCAGCGUGGACCCUGACGCAACCGCGUGAACCGCGCAGCGCUCUCUCGGCUCCCGCGAGCGAGCACGGGGAGCGAGGGAGUCGAGUGGCGACUCCGUCCGGGCUGGCGGGCGCGAGGUCCGUGGGCUCCUCCCGCGCGCUCCGCCGCCUCUGCCAGGGGGACGCAAUGCGGCGCUCCGCGUCUCCCAGCCGCGCCGGCCACCGGGGAGUCUAGGAGCAUGGCGGACGAAGCGCCGAGUUGGUGACAUUAGCACCGCCACCGCCGCCGUUGCUGCUGCUGCUGCUGGUAUAUCGUGAUCAUUGUAUUUGUGUCGUUAUCAAGACACGAGGAGGAAGCUGCGUGGGGUCAUCGGUCAAUGGGAACCGCUGCGGCGGCGGCGGCGGCGCGCGCUGAAGGAUUCUGAACGUCGGGGCAGAGGCGAGCGGGGAGGGGGCGCGCGACGAAGGGCAGGGCCCGGGCAGGGACGAAGGGCAGGGCCCGGGCAGGGCCCCGCGUGCAGGCGGAGUCAUGUCGGGACUGCGCGACCCGGCGUCUCGACACGCCGUGCUCAGGGGCCACCUCGCCGCCAUCCCUCCCGCGUCGGCGGCGCGAUGCGUGCGCGUCUUCAUCAGCGCCAAUCCUGAAGACACGGAGGCGGAGAGGCAGGCGCUGCGGGAGCACGUCUUCCCCAAGCUGCGCGAGUUCUGCCGAGACAACUACGGCCUCGACUUCCAGGCGGUGGACGUGUUCUGGGGGAUGGAGCCGGGCGAGUGGCACGAGCACGAGGUGCGGGAGCUGCGCACGCGCCUGCUGCUCGAGUGCAUGCGCACCUCGGUGGGGCCCUGCUUCGUGGGGCUGCUUGGGGAGCGCUAUGGGGACGCGUGCCUCCCAGGACAGAUCGAGGCGGCGGAGUUCGAGCGGAUCCUGGAGAGCGCCCUCGGCGCCGGCCUGAGCACUCGCGCCCUGGAGGAAUGGUACCGGCGAGACGAGAACGCAGUGCCGCCCGCGUACUACCUCCUGCCCCGGGGGGCCCGGGGGGACGCGCAGGGGGACGGGCAGAGCCGCGCCGAGGAGCGGGAGGCCUGGAUGUCGCUCGCGGCCGAGAUGCGCGCCGUGCUCAAGGCGGCGGUGACGCUGUGCCAGUCACGCGGCCUCAUCACCAGUGGCCAGGCACAAAAGUACUUCACUUCAGGCGUGGAGGAGGAGUUCAUGUGCGCGCUGGACAAGCAGCCGCUGAGCCAGGUGCGCCGCUGCGUCUGCUACAUCCGCAGCAUCCAGGACGCGGAGCGCUUCGCCUGCGUGCCGCGCAUGGCCCGCUACCUCGACCUCUCGUCGCCCGACGCGGCUGGCAUGGCCAAGGUGGCGCGCGACCCCAGGGCCCUGCAGAAGCUGCAGCGGCUGCGCGACUCCUUCGUGCCGGCGUGCGUGAGCGACUCGAAGCUGCGCGUCUACUCCUCCGUGACGCUGUGCGACGCGCGGCUGGGCUACACGGAGCAGUUCGAGCGCCAGUACGUGGAGGGCCUCUGCCGCCAGUUCUACGAGGACAUGAUCGACAUCAUGGAGACGACGGUGCCGCGCGCGUGCGACGCAGAGACGGAGCGCGCCUACGAGGAGGUGCUGCAGCACGUGUCGCUGUGCACGACGUACCGCGCGCUGUACGCCUACGCGUGCGACGCACUCGCCGUGCUCGGGCAGUACGUAGCCGGCCGGCGCUCCCGCGUCUUCCCGCUCGUUGUCUUCGGCGGGCCCUGCAGUGGCAAGACGCUGCUCAUGGCCGAGGCGGCCGCGCGGGCCUACCAAUGGCUCAAGGAGCGGAAGGGUCCCGAGUAUUUCCCCACGGUGCUCGUGCGCUUCCUGGGCUCCACAGACGACAGCAGCACCCUCCGCGGCCUCCUGCGCAGCCUGUGCCAGCAGGUGGCCUGGGUCUACGGCAAGCCGCUGGGGCCCUUCCCAGAGGGGGUGCGCGAGCUGCAGGCGCUGUGGCUCUCGCUGCUCACGGCGUCGAGCAACGACCAGCCGCUCGUCAUCAUCCUGGACGCGCUGGAUCAGCUGGCGGAGGACGACGACGCGCGCUCCGCGUGGUGGCUGCCCCCGACGUUGCCCUCGUCAGUGCGGGUCAUCGUGUCCACGCUGCCCAACAAGUUUGGGGUCCUGCAGUCGCUGAAAAAGAAGAUCCCGGACGAGCACAACUACGUGGAGAUGGUGGCACGCGACAAGAAGACCUGCAACCAGAUGCUGAAGGCGCGGCUGUUGCAGGCCAAGCGCAAGGUGACCUCGGGCCAGCAGAUCUACAUCAACGAGGCACUGCUGCGCUGCACGCUGCCCAUGUACCUGAACCUGCUGCUGGUCGAGGUGUCACGCUGGCGCUCGCACAAGGACGUGGACGACUCCACGCUGUGCCGAACCGUGCACGAGAGCAUCGAGAACCUCUUCGCCAACCUGGAGCUCAAGUGCGGCCCCCGCUUCGUGUCACGCGCCCUCGGAUACAUCACCCUGGCCAAGCACGGGCUGUGCGAGGCCGAGCUGGAGGACGUCCUCUCGCUCGACGACUACGUCGUGCAGGAGACGCUCGCCGCAGCGCACCGGAACGCAGCCGCCUCCGCGGCCUGCGGCGAUGGCGCCGUGGCGGCGGCCGCCACGUUCGCGCGCGUGCCCUACUUCAAGGUGGCCACGCUGCGCUUGGAGCUGCAGGGCUACCUGGUGGAGCGCGACGUGCAUGCUACCCACCUGCUCGUCUGGGCCAACCGCCACCUGGUGUUCGUGGCCAACAAGCUGUACCUGAGCGACGCGGACGCUGUGACGGAGAUGCACGGCGUGCUGGCCGACUACUUUUCCGGCCAGUGGUCGGCCGGGAGGCCCAAACCCCUGCAGGGCCCGCACGAGACGCUCGCUCCGCGCAGGGGCAACGCCGCGGGGGGCGCCGCGGCGUCUUCCUCGUCGUCCUCGGCGGUGGCCGUGGGGGGACGUCACCCGAACCACGACAAGAAGAACCACCACCACGGCGCCGGCGAGUUCUACGACCGCCAGGCCGUGUCGCAGCCCUGGAACUUCCAGUGUCGCCUGCUGGAGAUCAGCCAGCUGUUCGUGAACCUCCGGAAGCUCAAGGAGCUGCCAUACCACCUGACCAAGAGCGGUCGCGUGGACGACCUCCUCUUCAACGUGAUCCUCGACUUUGGCUACAUGCACGCCAUGGUGCAGUCGGGCCGCCUGCACGCGCUCGUGCUCGAGAUGGAGGCGGCGCACGCGCUCACGCAGGACAAGGACGUGCGCUUUCUGGCGGACACGCUGCGCGGCGUCUCCCCGGCGCUCAUGGAGGACCCCAACUCCCUCUCCACCGAGCUGCAGCAGCGCAUGCUGCCCUUUGUGCGCGUCUACCCCAAGAUCCGCCAAAUCCUGCAGGUGUGCGACCGCGAGGGCCUGCGCUACUGCUCCAUCGUCACGCUCCUCUCGCCCAUGGACCGCCUGGGCGAGCCCAAGCGCGUGCCGCUCACGACCAACGCGGUGCGCAUCACCGACGUGCUGCCCACGUCCAAGCCCGGCGUGAUCGUAGCGGCGCUGGACAACGGCACGGUGAGCACGUGGGACCUGGCGCGCGGGCAGCCCGUCAAGCACAUCACGACACACGGCGUGCCGCUGCUGAGUGCGCAGCUCAACGGCGACGAGAAGUACCUCGUCGCGUCCACGCUCAACAACACGCUGCUCGUGUUCGACCACUGCUCGUCAACGCUCCUCUACGAGGUGGAGGUGAAGGCGCCCAAGCUCGCCGCGCAGAACCACCACCAGCACCACCACCAGCAGCACCACCAUCAGCACCACCAGCAGCAGCCUGCUGCACCGCCGCCUGAGCCGGUGCAGCAGGCGAUGGGCGGCUUCCGGCUGUCGACGAACCACGCGCUCGCCUGGCUCGAGAGGAGCACGGAAGUGCACGUGAUUGACCUCAACUACGGCUGGCCGCUGUGCGUGUGCCACUGCUGGUACGAGGUGACGUGCGCGCAGUGCUCGGAGGACGGCAUGUACGCCUUCUGCGGCCAGCAGCUCAACACCACCUCCAUCUUCCGCCUGGAGAGCGGCGAGCGCCUCGCCACCGUCACGUCCGAGUGCUCGGCGGGCUACGUGCACGCCAUCCUGCUGGCGGCGCAGGCGCAGGAGCUGUACGCGGUGGACAACGGCGGCAGCCUCGCCGUGUGGGACCUGGAGGAGAUCACCAACCCGCAGCUGGUGGAGGAGUUCGACUGUCGCGGCGGGGAAGCGGGCGACGUGGCGAGCGUGGAGCUCUCCAAGCAGCAGAACGCUCUGCUCAUCUGCAAGCGCUUCAGCAUGGAGGUGUGGGACACAUUCUCCUGGGCCAUGACCGACAAGUUCAAAGCUCGGCGCAAUGAGAAGUUCCUGUGCGCUGUCCUGUCGCGCAACUGCGAGUCCAUCGUGGCGGCCAUCGAGAUGAUGGCGUCCAUCUUCAUCUGGAGGCGCGACACGGGCCAGUGCCUGGCCACGCUUCCCGGCAACUCGGGCAUUGUGACGAAGCUCAUCAAGUCGGCGGUGAACGACACGCUGCUGGCCGUCACCUCCAAGGGCGUGCUCUCCGUGUGGGACAUGGAGGCAAUCGACGCCAUCUCGGCCGUCGACAAGACGGGCAAGGCCAUCCGCUGUGUGCUGCUGCCAUCGCGCGGUGAGUGCGUGUUCACGACGGACGGCACGGACACCAUCUACAGGUGGAACAUCCACUCGGGCUUCAUCGAGUCGCUGUACAAGCACGAGGGCGUCGUGGAGCAGUGCGUGCUCACCUCGUCUGCCGAGGUGAUGGUGUCUGCGGACGCGACGGGGAACCAGUUCGUGUGGAUCACGGGCAGCGGCGAGUGCCUCUUCCGUAUCACGGGCCAGCGCGCGUCGCAGCUGCUGGUCACGCACAACGACCUCUUCGUGGUGUCGCUGUGCGAGAAGAAGGCGUCACGCGUGUGGCGCCUGGCCACGGGCAACAAGGUGUGCAACAUCCUCGUUGGCCUGGAGAACGCGGCCAUCACGGCGGCCAACACCUUCCUCGUGGGCCUCAACCAAAACUCGCUGCUCGCCGUCAACCUGUGGACGGGCAGCGUCUCCAAGAAGUUCGCGUGCGAGGACGGCACGCGCAUCCUCGCCUACCGCCUGCUGCCCGACUGCCCGGACUACGUGGCCAUCGUCACCACGGCGGGCACCAUCUUCACCUGGAGCCUGGCGGACGAGGCCGUGCGCCGACGCGUGCAGCUGCCCGCGCAGUUCCACAAGCGCCUCGAGGACUUCCAGAUCUCGCCCAGCGGCAAGCUGGCCGUGCUGUCGACGGGCGACGAGAGCGUCAACGUGCUGGACCUGCACAACGGCAAGCUGCGCGUGCUGAACGCAGGCGGUGCCGUGUGGCAGCAGAAGCUGUCGACGGACGGCCGCUACGUCGUCUACGUGUGCUACAAGCGGCGGCGCGACGAGCUGUGCGCGCUGCUCGUCGAGGACCCGGCCAACGCGCAGGCCGUGACCGCGUGCCUCAAGGUGGUGCGCCUGGCCGACGGCAAGUGCAUCGGCGCGUGCACGCUCUACAAGGCGCCGUCGUGCUUCGUCAUCUCCAAGCGCCACCUCAACAUCGUCAUCGGCUUCGAGGACGGCAGCGUGGGUGCCUACACGGUGGUGGACAACGUGGACGCGGCCAUGAAGAUCAAGAUCGCCUCGUCGCCCAGCCGCCGCAUCAGCGCCAUGUCCAGCCAGGUGGCGAGGCCGCGGCGCCUCGUGCACGCCCACAAGGCCGCCGUCGACGUCCUGUGGAGGGAGUCCAGCGAGGAGUUCACCAAGGGGGGCGCGUGCGGGGGAGGUGGGGGGGGCCUGGGGGGCGCCGGAGGGGCGCACCUGCUGGGACCCACCAACACACGGAGGCCAGGUGGUGGUGCCUGGUGUGGUGGUGCCUCGUGCCACGACUCCCAAGUCGCCAAACUCUUGCAGAAGGACGCGAUGGCGAGCGCCGCGUUGUGGCGACCUCGGCAGCAUUGA